CCGCAAGUGCACAUGAAAUGUUCCAUUUGGGACAGGGCCAUAGCUGGCUACGGGCAUGGACGUGUCCAUUGCAAAUGGAAAUUUACCUUAAUAAAGCUUUGAAAAGUAAAGUGUGAAAUUAUUUAAUGUAAAUAAAUGAAGCCACCAUUAAUCACUUAACAAUUACUGAAUGAUUUAUAGUCUACUAAUUCAUAUAAUCAGUUUCCUUUUAGUCUCAGUCAACUGACAAGCAGUUGGAAUGGACUGCCCCAGUGAGGAGGAAGAAUUUGCAGAUGCUAGUGAAUACCCUGAAGAUGAACAACAAGCAUUUACUUCAGGAGCACAUGCUGUUGAGUCAUAUCAAAAGGAAGAUGUUUCCAAGUUGCAAGAUAUCCCUGCUCCAAAUGAAAUUUUAGUGCAGCUUAUUGGUACCAGUUCUGUUAUUCUUGCUUGGGAUAGUCCAGACAACAUAUCUACAUUUGAGUUGACCUACUACAGUCUCACAUCUACAAAGACCUCUACUAUCACAAAUGCCUCAACCAUAGAGGUGGAAGAUCUGUGUCCAGGGACUGAGUACACUUUCAACCUUGUUUCAGUAUCAGACAAUGGAGAAUGCAGUGUGGGAGUUAAAGUGACUGCGUGCACCAGGCCAGUACCACCAGAAAACGUCAAGGUUGAGAGUGUGGGCACCACAUCAGUCUCUCUUAUUUGGGAUGCAUCUGGCUGUGAGGAGAACAAGUUUCAUGUUGUUUGCAGCCACAAUGGAGGGAGCUUUCAGGAAGAGAUAACAAUUUCAAGAACUGUGACUUUCCGUGACCUAAGUCCUGGAAAGAAGUACUCUUUUCACAUUAUUAAAGUGCUUCCAAAUGGCAACAGAAGUAAAGAAGCAGUCACAUAUGCUCAAACCAAAACAAACAUCCAGAGCCUUUUACAGGAUUUGGGGUUGGAGCAGUACUACCCAAACAAACUCUCACUCAGCGAUGUGCUACAGAUUGAGAAGAGGUCAGUGACAGAUGAGCCAGCCCAGUCUCUGUCAUCUUUACCAUGGCUGUUCCUGAAGAAACUGAUGAUGGUGAAUGUGACUGCAAGAAGUGUAAAAUAUUCAUUCGAUGAGAGUGAGGAUUUGUCAAGCUUAGAUUUAUACAAUGAAACAUUUGAUUUUCUGAAUGAUCAGAACAGCAGUGUGAACCCUUUAGACAUAGUGUCCGCCCUUUUCCUUUGUUCAGAUGGUUUCCUCCAACAGGAAAUGGUCUCAAAAAUGUCAAUGUGUCAGUUCUCUGUUCCUUUGCUUCUUCCAAACUGUGACACUCACCAGUGCAUGUUAAUGCUUUGGGCCAUGAGAGAUAUUGUGAAAAAAUGUAGACCUCAUUCCUUGUCAGACCCAAGAGGCUUUGUGGAGGAGAGAAUUGUUCACUCUGAGCUCCCUCUAGUGUCUUUUGUUAGACUUGGUGAUUGCAGCAUUUCUAAAUCUCAGAUCUUAAACAAAUUGCUCAGCAACCCCCAACAGUAUCAUGACACUUUUGUACAUUGUGAUAUGGAUUGUGGAGACAUUCCAAGAAAGAUAUCAAAUGGAUUAGUGGAGAUGAGUUGGUAUCUGCCUUGUGGAAACAAAAACAUUGAUGUUUUUCCUGAACCGGUGGCUGUUGCAAACUUGAGAGGCAACAUCACGACCUUUGAAACACAGUACUCCUUCUUAUGCCAGACCUCCACUGCAGUUUUCGUGUUUUUUGACAAUCUGGACACAAACUACAAGUUACUCACCAACCAACAUGCUAAAGCACAGUUUUUUUUAGUGGGCAAUGUACAAAACAAAGCAUUUGAUUUGGAGCAGCUGAAAAGGACAGCUUUUGAAAUGGGUUUGAAGAAAAACAAUGUGAUUCUGAAGACCAAUCAAAAUGAUGCAAAUUUUGUUAAAAAUCUGCAUUCUUCAGUAAAUCACAUAAUUACAAAUCAUUCCAACAAAGCACGUCUGGAGGGAAUGGACACUAUAGCACAUGAACUCGGAAUUUUAGUUGACGAAAACAUCCAGGAAUGUCAGAGAGCAAAAAAUAAUGCGCAUGUCUUGACGAAAAGUAUACAAGACACACUGCAGUUCAAAGAGAAUCAGCUUCCCCUUCAGGGUAAAAUAUGGAAAGAUUUGGCAAAACUGGAAAAAGAGGAAUGCAGACUCCGGAAAGCUGGUGAUCAAAACAUAGAGACAUACAAGAGUGAUCUCCAGAUUAAAAAGACUGAACUCAGGAAACAGCAGAGUAAAUAUGAUAUCUCAGAGGCCAUGUCCUGUUUUGUUAGUGCAUUAUCAAGCUCAAACCAGGAGAGGUCCUACUUCUUGAAGUGGAUGCGGAUGAACCUUGACAAUCUCUCCCGAAAAAGCCUCUCUAGCCUCAGAGAACAGUACAAAGAAAAGUGUCAGCAAUUUUCAGAAAACAAAGAGGAAAUUGCACAGCUUGACCAACAGAUCUCAAACAGUUCUUUAGGAAUAGAGCACUUCCUGCGUGAAAUGGGCCAACUCUAUGAAGCUGCGGUAUCGCUUCCAGAAAACUUACAAUCUCGUCAACAAAUGCUACACUUACCCCGGCUAUGUGCUGAGCUGAUGUUGGAUGGCUUCCCUCUGGAACUGGUUGAUGGAGAUGCAUCAAAUAUUCCUCUCAGAUGGGUUAGUGAUGUGCUUCUGUAUUUGAACUCUUUGGUGCAGCCAAAUAAUAAAAUCAUGGUGGUCACAGUUUUGGGAGUUCAGAGCACAGGGAAGUCCACCUUGCUGAACACCAUGUUUGGAGUUCAGUUUGCAGUCAGCAGUGGAAGAUGCACCAGAGGAGCUUUUAUGCAGCUGAUCAAAGUCAAAGAGGACGUCAAGAAAGAACUUGGCUGUGAUUAUUUAGUGAUAAUUGACACUGAAGGUCUGAAAUCCCCAGAGCUGGCAAAACUAGAUGAUAGCCAUGAACAUGACAAUGAAUUAGCCACACUUGUUGUUGGAUUGAGUGACAUUACAAUCAUCAACAUCGCAAUGGAGAAUUCCACAGAGAUGAAGGACAUUUUGCAGAUUGUGGUCCAUGCUUUCCUCAGAAUGAAGGAAAUAGGGAAAAAACCCAGUUGCCAAUUUGUCCACCAAAAUGUUGCUGAUGUAUCAGCCCAUGACAAGAACAUGAGAGAUCGAAAGCUGCUGCUGGAGCAACUGAAUGAGAUGACAGAGGCUGCAGCUAAAAUGGAGAACAAGGAGGAGUAUAAAAUGUUUACUGAUGUGAUGGAGUAUGAUCCGGAGACUUGCAAUUGGUAUAUUCCUGGACUGUGGCAUGGAAAUCCUCCAAUGGCACCAGUAAACGCUGGCUACUCUGAGGCUAUCUAUGACCUUAAAAAAAACAUGAUUGAUGUAAUUGGAAAAUGCAAACAUAAAACGUCUGGAAACAACAUAACAGAUUUUUUGGAGUGGACAAAAAGCUUGUGGAAUGCAGUCAAAUAUGAAAAUUUCAUAUUUAGCUUCAGGAAUAGCUUGGUGGCUGAUGCAUACAUGAGACUGUGCACAGAAUUUCAUAAAUGGGAAUGGUCUUUCAAGAAGCAUAUGCACUCUUGGUUAACAGUAGCUGAAACCAGAGUGUCAAAUUUUGAGACAGUCAAACUGAAAUCAGACAAGUCAGAUCUGAAAGAUCUUUUAUGCAAACUGAAACAACAAGCUGUCACAAAGCUUGACACCUUGGAAAAGAUCACAAUGGAAAACCUUUCCAAAUACUUUGAACAAACAGAGGGCCAUGUCUAUCUUGUGGAAAAGUACAAAGAAGACUUUGUGAGCAGUGUAAAAUCUCUCAGGAGGGAAACCGAGAGCUCAUUGCUGACACAGCUUGAGGCAACAGUGGACAUUAGGAGAGGAAUGAACAAUCUGGAUAACAUCAAGAAAACAUUCACUGAUACAAUGGAGAAAAAAGUGCUGGGCCUACUGGAGGAGUUACGCAAAAACAACAGCUCAAAGAGUGAUGCCCAUAUAACUGACAAGCAGCUUGACAGUUUUUUUGAACAAAUAUGGCAAAAAACCAUAAAUGAGCUGUCGUUUACUGGAUUGAAGCAAAGAAAUAUAUUUGAUUCUGUUUUCAGGCAACUUCGAGAAAACAUGAAACAGAGAGGGAGUUCUGUUACUGAACAAUUAAUUACAGUGAAUCUGAUGAAUUAUGGAACAGGGGUGUUCAAAGCCACCAAUGAAAUCUUUCUCAAAAGGUUGUUUAAACGCAUAAUGAAUGACAAUUCUGCAAUGAAACUACAGGAUUUGGCAGAUAAUAUCAUUCAGACAUGCUCUCAGUUAGUUUUGGACAAGACUUCGGAUUACCAUGAUGCUUACAUCCAGGAGAUCCUACACAUAACUGAUAACAGAUUGAAGUCCAACAAGAAAAUGGGGUUUUCAGUUGAAUUUGAACUGUCCUUGAAAUUGUACAUUUGUGGGUUUUCUGCAAGAGCAUUUCAAGACAUGCAUGACUGUUUCAUCAAGGAGAAUGACCCACGUAGAUGCCUUGAUCAGUAUAAAGACAAAUAUCGUGAUGAUUUCAAGGACCUGUUCCAUGAUCGCGAUCAGUGUCAGAGAAAGGCUGAAGAAUUCACCACACUGUGCUUGAUUCCUGCAGUUGAGACAUUCAUCUACAGAUCCCUGGGCCCAGACAUCGUUGACAAAAUGCUUCAGGGAAAAAAUGCAUUUCAAUUCAGCACUCGUGCAUUUUUCCAGUACUCACUCUUAAAGCAACUUGUGAAUGAAGAUAAGUUUGAACAGUAUGUGAAAUACAUUAGCUCUUAUGAAGGUUUUGUUAAGGGCUGGAUAUUAGAUCAAAUCACCAAACAGUUUUCGAAUCACCAUGAAGUGUCUGAGUUGGAGGAGCGCCACCUUAGAGGAAUCACCAAGGAGAUACUAGAAGCUGUCAAAAUGGCACAGAAUGAAACAAAUGAAGAUGGCAUCAAAGGAUUCAUACAUUGCAUAUGCAGGAAGCUUGGACAAAAGCUAAUAAUUCCCAAAGAUGCUCUUGAAACAGUAAUGGUCUUAAACAAUGCUUCUCAAGAGCCAUUUGCAUGCUGGCUAACCAAAUCUGUAGAGGAGAUGGAACACACAAUGAUGGAACAACUGAAGAAAGUCGACAUACAGGGUAAACUCUGCAUGCUCAAAAUGAAACCCCAGGAUGAGCUCUUCAAGCGUGUGUUUGGAUGUGGGCAACUGUGUCCAUUCUGCAGUGCUCCUUGUGAGGCUGGUGGAGAAGCCCACACUGAUCACUGUGCUUCAGUUCACAGACCUCAGGGACUUGGCAGAUAUAGAUAUGAAAACAAUGAAAAAUUAGUGACUAGUAUCUGCUCAACAGAUGUCCACAGUGAAGUAAAUUUUAAGUGUUUCCAGACUAACUAUAAUCCUCAUCCUUACAAAAGAUACAGAGAAAUCUUUCCUGACUGGCACAUCCCAGCUGAUGCUAGCAUACAGGCCUCAGAUUACUGGAAAUACGUGAUGGCCCGGUUCAACACUACGUUUGCUGAAGUAUACAAUGCUCGUCCUGCUGACAUACCCUUAACCUGGAAAUCCAUCACAAAGCAGCAAGCAGAGAACAGUUUAAAAGAGUCUUUCAGCAUCAAAUAAACAAUUAUUUUCUAUCACAACCAUAGAUUCAGUGAUUUGGCUGCACUCUCACAUUGAUUGAAAAAUGCCGUUGAUUACUUCCAAAUGGUUUCAGCUGUAUAACCAACAAUAAUACUUGCAUAUAGGAAUUGGUAAUGAAUAUGAGUUAAUCAUAUCAAUGUGAAAGACAGUUUAACUACGUGAAAGAAAAUAUCAUGCAAAAUAUAGU